AAAUCGAUCUUAAGGAGGAGAGAGAGAGAGAGAGUUGCGUGGGAGAUGGCACAGAAAUCACUGAUCUAUGCCUUUGUAGCCCGAGGGACUGUGGUCCUCUCAGAAUUCACGGAAUUCACUGGGAAUUUCACAUCCAUUGCAGCGCAGUGCCUUCAGAAACUCCCAGCCACCAACAACAAAUUCACCUAUAACUGCGAUGGUCACACCUUCAACUAUCUUGUUGAAGACGGUUUCACAUACUGCGUAGUUGCAGUUGAAUCAGUAGGGAGACAGGUGCCCAUCGCUUUUCUGGAGCGUAUCAAGGAUGAUUUUGUAUCGAGAUAUGGAGGUGGAAAGGCUGCAACAGCUGCUGCUAACAGCCUCAACAAGGACUUUGGGCCCAAACUAAAGGAACAUAUGCAGUACUGUGUAGAUCACCCGGAGGAGAUAAGCAAGCUCGCAAAAGUGAAGGCUCAGGUUUCGGAAGUCAAAGGUGUUAUGAUGGAGAAUAUCGAAAAGGUUCUUGAUCGAGGGGAGAAAAUUGAGCUUCUCGUAGACAAGACUGAGAACCUACGGUCACAGGCACAAGACUUCAGAACACAGGGGACACAGAUGCGGAGAAAGAUGUGGUUACAAAAUAUGAAGAUAAAGCUGAUUGUCUUAGGGAUUCUGAUCGCCCUGAUUCUCAUCAUAGUUCUGUCAGUUUGCCGUGGGUUCAACUGUGGGAAAUAACUGUCUUUGAUGGGCAUUUUGGAACCAAGGGUGUGUGCAUAUAUGCUUAGGGUGGUUAAUAUGGGCUUUUGUGAUUGGAGGAAACCAGAAACAUAUAGAUUUUACCAAUGUGCUUUGCAAUAGAUGGUGGAUUUAGCAUAUGAUAUGCAGAAAAAGAAAAAAAAAUGUCGAAUGGAGAUUAUUGCAAGUUUUAUGCAAAUGCAUGAAUCCUUGUUGAAA